GUGAACUACACGAUCGAUGACGACGUCGGCGACAGCAACUCCGGCGUCGUGCCCACCUACGCCCCCGCCGACGCCUGGACACAGGGCGGGACGGCCGACGUCGACCCCCUGCAAGCUUUCCAAGGAACGUGGCAUGCGGCCACAUACGACCCUGACGACACGGAGGCGCGCACGGUCACGGCGACGUUCCAGGGCAGCGCCGUGUAUGUGUACCAUAUCCUUGCGAACGCGGCUGCGGCUACAGCAGGGUCCGCUGGCCUCGCGUUCUUCCUCGACGACGACUUCGUGGGCACGUUCACCUACGUGUCGGAUGGAGAAGAGGAUGUACAGUAUAACGUCCCCGUGUACACCAACACCAGCGUCCCGCAUGGGACCCACACUCUCCGCGUCGAGACGUCCGGGCCCGCCACCCCCGACGUGUUGUUUGACUACAUCGUGUAUACC